GGGUAGAUGAGAAAAGAAAGAGAGAAAGAGUGAGCAAGAGAGAGAGAGAGAGAGAGAGAGAGAGAGAGAGAAAGAGAGAAAAGUCGUGGAUUCUGGCUGAUCCGCGAGCAUUCCGUAGCAUCUCAGCACGGCAGUAGGUUUCACACCGUGAUUCGUACCCUUAGGGCUCGCAGCAGCAGCACGAGGCGGUCCUUCCACGAGGAGAAUCGUUCUCCAUAGUGUUCUUUCUCUCUCUCCCUCUCUCCCUCUCAUUCUCUCAUUCGCUCUUUCACGGCGUCUCCCUCCGCGCGUCGGUGCCGAAGGAGGCAAACACCGGUGCCGCGAGGAUCCCUCGACGUAGUCGCGCUCGACGCCUCGAACGGCGAGCGUCUUUCUUUCUCUCUCUCCCUCUCUCUCUCUCUCUCUCUCUCUCUUCCCUUCUCUAAUCUUCUCUUCUCUGUUCUAUUACCGUUCGCUAGGAAGAUACUUCAAGAGGGAUUAGAAAGAAAUUUGAUAUUUACGCGAUAAAUUUUUACAGAAGGUACCGAGAGAGGGAUUUUCCCUAAAAGGGAAAACUAAAAAAUUCUCUAUCGAGAAAAUCUAAAGGCGCACAGUGUAGAAUUGUUAGAGGGAGAAGAGAAAUAAGGGAGAUCGGUAGUGUCCUGAAGGAAUACGAUAGAGAUCGGAAUUGCUCCAGAAACUAUUCUUCCUUCUUGAGAGUAAGAGAGGGAGACGAAAGAGAAAGAGAUUCGGAGAGUCUCACGUCGAGCGUUCGAUCGUUCGUUCAUUCGCUCGCUCGCUCGUUCGUUCGUUCGUUCGUUCGUUCGUUCGUUCGUUCGUUCGUUUAUUCCUUCGCUCGUACGUUCUCCUUUUACUCUCCUUUGACAUCGUCAACGAGCCUCUUUCAAUCUCGUCUCUGAUUCGCAACGAGAGGAUCGUUAGUUCGAUCUUGCAUCGAGUAGUAGUAGACAGAGAACGACUUUUCCGUCGCGUGGGAGUCGAAUACUCGCGCUCGCGUGCGCCCGCGCUCCAACCAGCUAGCCAGUCAGCUAACGCACGUAAAUCGAGCUGACAUCGAGAUUUUCAGCGAACAUUUUCAGCGUUUAGAAAGGAGAACGAGUGUCUUAGGGAAUAUAAGAAAAGUUCUUCGUAUGAGAAGAAUCUCAUCGUCAUCGUAUCUCUCUUUCUCUCUCUCUCUCUCUUUUGUUUAUAUGCAUAUACCUACGUCUAUCCGUAGCAAGCUCGAUCUAGCAAACUCGCUGGCACACAACGCAUUGUUCUCCGUAGGUGUUUUACGAGCGUUUCGUGGAAUCUCCAAAGCAAACGUAGAAAGUGUAUGUGAGAGAGAGAGAGAGAGAGAGGAAGAGAGAGGAAGAGACAGAGGGAGGAAAGAGAGAAGGAACGAGAAAAAAAAGACACGAGCUUUAGGAAAACGAAAGAUUUGCUUUCGAAGAAACCUUGAAUACGUUGUUAAACAAAUUCCGGACAUUUAAAAAUCGUCGACUCGUUUGGAGAACCCUUCAUAAAAUAGCAUCGCGAAAUAGCCGCGUGUCUUCAUCCGUACUGACCGCCCAGUGUUAACAGCCUCGAAGGCCAGGUGUUCGAAACUUUGGUGAAACAACGUAUAAUCAGCGCUCUCCUCUCGCAGGUUCUCUCUCUCUCUCUCUCUCUCUCUCUCUCUCUCUCUUAUUCUAUCUCUGUUUCUACGUUCCGUUGACUCGACGUUUCUUAUUAAAACGACGAAGCCGAUAGCUACGGAGGAAAUGGGUCGAGAGGUUUCCGUCAGGCAAGUGUCAUUGAGUGCUUUGAAAAACAGAGACGAAGUUAUUUAACGAGUUUCGUAAGAAUAAGAAGAAAACGAAGAAGGAAAAAGAAAAAGAAAAAGAAAAGAGAAAAAGAAGAGAAACACAAAAACAACGACAACGACGAAGAUCAUAAUCUAAUCAUUUGAUUUCAUCUGUCUUUAGACGAGUUCGAUCUUCUCGAUAUAUGUAUCUCGAUUUCGGAUGUGUGCUCGAGAGCUUUUUGACAAAAAAGCAAAAAAAGAAAAGAUAAAUAAACAAACGCUCUUCGAAAAUAUCUUAGAAAGAUCUCGAAAGAUAGAUCAUAAGAGAAUUAUAGUCCAGUGAACGGUGACAAGUAUCGAGAAAAAUGAUGGGCGAACGUUUAUUCUACGAUGAGGAUGUGCGGCACUUAAUCCAUUUGACAAAGAAAAUACACGCGCCAAGUACGACUCGUUGAAAGCUCUCGUUGUUUGUCAUUCCACGUGAAACUUCCGCGCGUCGAUCUUCCUUUUGGUACACGUUGGAAAUUUCAAGUGAAUUUAUCCCUCGUCGAUGUAAGGCGUAAUUGUAUUUCACGAGGGUUAAACAAUUGCACGCUGGUUAACGACGUUGGAUAUCAUCGAUUGAAAUAUGGGCGUGCAGCACUUUCCACAAUUGGAGACGGCUCAGCUGAUGGAAAGUUACGACGUAGAAGCCUCGACGAUUUGCAUCGGUCUGAAGGGUCUCUCUCAGGGACAGGGGAAGCUUUGCCAAUUAUCCGUGGAUCAUAUGCCGAGCGUGGCGAAGGGCGCCAAAUUCGGAGUCCUCGAGUGCCAGCAUCAGUUUCGAGAUAGAAGAUGGAACUGUUCUACCGUCAAUGAUGAAACUGUUUUCGGGCCGAUCCUUAAAAUAGCGAGCAGAGAAACUGCAUUUGUACAUGCUAUCACAGCCGCGGGAGUUGUUUAUUCCAUAAGUCGAGCUUGUAGGGACGGACAAUUAUCAUCGUGCGGUUGUUCGAGGAGUAGCAGACCGAGAGAUCUUAAUCGCGAAUGGAUUUGGGGUGGAUGCGGCGAUAAUCUCGAAUAUGGAUAUAAAUUCACCCAAGCAUUCGUCGACGUAAGAGAACGCGAGCGUAGCUUCAAAAGAGGUAGUAGAGAACAAGGAAGAAGCCUAAUGAAUUUGCAUAACAACGAAGCAGGACGUAGGGCUGUUAUAAAAAGAUCUAAAGUGACAUGCAAAUGCCAUGGGGUAUCUGGCAGUUGCAGCUUGAUCACCUGUUGGCAGCAACUUGCGUCGUUUCGAGAAGUUGGUGAUCUUUUAUUGGACAAAUACGAUGGUGCAACUGAAGUCCGAGUGAACAGGCGUGGACGAUUAUCCAUGCGAGAUCCAAGAUUUUCUUUGCCCACGGCCAAUGAUUUAGUUUAUUUGGAUGACUCACCAAAUUAUUGCCUUCCAAAUGAUACUCUUGGCUCUUUAGGUACGCAUGGACGAAUUUGUAACAGAACAUCGUCCGGUAUGGAUGGAUGUAAUCUUCUCUGUUGUGGAAGGGGUUACAAUACUCAAAAGUCAACGAUAAGGGAAAGAUGCGAUUGUAAAUUCCAUUGGUGUUGCUUCGUUGAAUGUAAAACAUGUGUUAAAAACAUUGAUAUUCAUACCUGCAAAUAAGUGCACGUGUGUCAUUAUAUAAAAUAUACUUUUAAAGUUAAUACUACUUGGAAUCCAAGUUUUAUACCAUGAAGCUAUCGAGUAACGAAAAAAAUCUAUUCAGUAUGUAGGGUGUUCGAUUCAACGUGAUCAUCUACAUACCAUCCAUUUGUAUUUAAUAUUUUAAAUUAAACAUUUUUCUAUCGUUAUAUUUUUUCCAUUACGACGUACAUUUAUUACGUUGACGAUAACCAUAAGAAUUUUUGGAAAGAAGAUUAAAUUAAAUUUAACACCCUACUGACGAUGUAUAUUUUGAUAAAAAUUUUAGGAUAAUCGUACAAAUUUUAGAUGUAUACUAGAAAUUUAUGAAUGUAAUCAUAAUUUAUAAGUGUAAUUAAUUUGAUAAGAUAAUAAUUUAACGAUCAUACAUAUAUCAUACUUUUAUUUAAAUAAUUAAUUUUUCAUAUAUGUUAUUAAAAAUUAGAGGAGUACUUUUUGUAGAUGCAGUAGUAUCGAUAUAUCAUAUGGCCUAUUGGAAACUUAUAUGAACAAAGGCCUUUUACUGCACAACUGUAUUUUUGAAUUACAUUCAUCAUAUAUAUCAUCUAUAUAAUUAUCAAUAUGAUGAUAAUUAUUUAAAGUAUUUCACUUUCUAAAUACUACACAAUUUCAAAGACUCGUACUAUAAAAAUUUAUUUAUUGUCAUUUAUGAAUAAUUAGACAUUGUAAUAAAGAAAUGACUUAAGUAAUCUAUAAACGCAUCUUUAUAUUUAUGCUUGCUCAAUAAUAUAAAUCUUAAAAAUUUUAGAAACUUAUUAAAAUAUAUUUCACUUUGUGCUGUAAGGAAAAUUAAUUUAAAAUUUACAAAAACGAAUACAUUUGAAAUUUAAUAAAAUCUUGAAUUAAUAUUAAUAUAUUUAAUUAUUCUAUUUUAUUCUAUUUGUUACUAAGGUUUCAGAGUUCCUACAAAAUGUUCCACUGCAAUGUUCUAUGGUCGCAGACACAUCAAAAAUGACAUAGUUUUCCAAUGAAGAUAAGAUUGGAUAUUAUUUCCAUUAUUUGACGGUUAAAAACGGAUUUGUUUUUAUUAUUACAUAAUAAAAUGAUAAACAAUCUAUCUAGAAUAAUUUAUUAUUCUCAGACAUCUCAAAUUCGUAUCAUACAAAUUCUUAUAUACUUUUCUUAUGUAUAUUAAGCUACAAAGUUUUUGAAAUAAAAAUAACUAAAUAUAUAUUUUUAAUUCAUUAUAUUACUUCUACAUUACAAUUAAUAAAAUUGUUUCUUUUCUUUUUUAUCCAAGUAUGUUGUAAUUACAUUGAACAAC